GUCGCUGGAAGAGAUAACGGAGCAAACCAGCUCACUGUGGCAUUCUGCUCUCUGGACAGGACCAACCCCUACUCUCUGACUCUCACCAAUACUGGUCUUUCUUGAUCUGAGAUUCUUCCUACUCUGCCUUCUACAGCUUUCAUUGAUCUAAGAGUCUAGAGGCUUGUGUUUUGCGGAGGCCUAUUGAGGACCACUGUUCAUCAUGGGUUCCGUGCGGUGUACGCCACCUGUCCCACUCCCCACAAACCUACCUGUCCUAGAGGCCAAAGUAGAUGACUUGAGUCACAAGUUAGAUGAGCUCCUCUCCAGACAAAUAGGUUCCUGUUCCAUCUGCUCCACCUGCAGUCUGCACAGCGGCCAGCCAGAGGCAACAGAAAGGCAGCUUGUGGCCCAGUCCAGGCUGCUAGAGAACUUUGAGAGGAAGAUCGGUGAGAUGCAGAGGACCUUAGAGGCCCUGGCCAAAGGUCUGGCGCAAAGGAAAUCCCACACCUGCCAGGAAGCUGCCCCAGCCCCACCCAUUGAGCCAUCACCUAGAACAGUAUAUCUGCCAGCCAAGACCUCACUAGUCACUUCUAAGGAUGAGAUCUCGGAUCAGUUGGAGACAAACAGACAGCAGGAUAAGACACAACACACUCCUACCACCCCAGCAAAGAAAGAGACGGAUGCAAAGAAAACAUUGACACGGCUGGCAGUAGCAGUUUUCCCAUCAAUGGCGGACACUCAAAAGAUUUUGACUCAGACAAGGACCACAGUGACGAAGAACCAAGCGGUGACAUCCAUCGAGGAGUCACUUAGGACAGCAUCUCUGCCAGUCAGUGAUUCAUUAAGCACGGAAAAGGCUGAGACCCUGAAUCAGUUUGAGACGAACAGACACCAGGAAACAAAGCAACAGACUCCUAUCGCUCCUGCAAAGAAAGGGGUGUCUGCUGGUAUGGGAGCAGAGCAAAGAGACUGUGUUGGAGAGCAGUGGAUUGGAGGGAACCAGCAGGGGGUCAGAGGUCAACCAAUGGCAGCAGAUUCCCACAGACAGAGUGAAACUAAAAGGGGUUGGAUGAGAGAAGUUCCAGCUGUAGCGGUUGUCCCAUCAAUGGCGGACACUCCAAGGACUGAGACGAGGACCACAGUGGCGGAGAACCAAGCAGCUGCUCCAUCAAGUUCCACCCCCGCACCAAAAAAGCAGUCUGGGUUGGCUGUCCUUAUGCCAACUGUGGAAAGCUCCUCCCUCAGACAAGUGCACAGCUGUCCAGAGUCCUUGCAGAGGCUCCAGAGUUCAAGGCCCAAGCCCCAGUCUGUCUGCCCUGCCCGUAGACCUGCUGUUGGGAAGACCUGCAGUGUUUUGGGAGGGGCUAGUCCAGUUGCAGCCAGUGGAAUACAGAUCAUAGUAGUCCCUACUACAGCAGAAAGGACCUGGCCCAAGUCCCCUACCAAAACUUGCCAUAAGGUCAUAGAUGACGUUCCCCCGCAGCCAGCUCCUUUCCUUCACCGCUGUGUGUCUUUGCGAUCCAACCCCCCAUCUGACACCUUCAUCAUCCACACCAGAGAGGUGCUGGGGAGCGGACGCUUUGGCAAGGUGCACAAAUGCACUGAAAAAUCCUCUGGACUAAAGCUUGCAGCUAAGAUAAUCAACACACGAACUGCUAAAGAAAAGGAAAGGGCAAAUAACGAGGUGCAGGCAAUGAACCAGCUGAGUCAUCCCAACAUCCUCCAGCUCUACGAGGCCUUUGAGGCCAAGCACCAGCUGGUGUUAAUUCUGGAAUAUGUUGAGGGCGGGGAGCUGUUUGACAGGAUUGUGGAUGAGAGCGCACCACUGACCGAGGUGGACGCCAUGGUGUUUGUCAAGCAGAUCUGUGAAGGGGUCAGCUACAUGCAUCAGAUGUACGUCCUCCACCUCGACCUGAAACCGGAGAAUAUCCUUUGUGUGAAUCGAACUGGCCAUCAGGUGAAGAUUAUCGACUUUGGGCUGGCAAGAAGAUACAGGCCGCGGGAGAAGCUCAGAGUCAAUUUUGGAACCCCUGAAUUUCUGGCCCCAGAGGUGGUCAACUUUGAUUUUGUGUCCUUUCCCACAGACAUGUGGACCUUAGGGGUUGUCACUUAUAUGCUUCUAAGUGGCCUUUCACCCUUCCUGGGUGAUGAUGAGAGCCAGACCCUCAACAACGUCCUCUCUGCCAACUGUUCUUUUGAGGAUGAGGCCUUUGAGCACAUCUCAGCAGAGGCCAAGGACUUUAUCUCUCACCUUCUGGUCAAGGAGAGGGGAGGGCGAAUGAGUGCUUUACAGUGUCUAAGACAUCCGUGGCUCAACAACAUUGCAGAGAAGGCCAAGGGCAGCAAUAUAGUACUGAAGUCCCAGGUCCUGCUGAAGAAAUACCUGGCCAAGAAACUAUGGAAGAAAAACUACAUUGCGAUAGCAGCAGCCAACAGAUUCAAGAAGAUCAGCAGCGGUGGGGAACUGACCUCUCUGGAUACGGAGACGGAUACAAUACCUAUAGCAACGUAACAAUGUCACCCAUUAAUACAGUACCUGCACUGCCGCCUUACAAUGUCAGCCCUGUGAAAUCUGUACUGACCUACGCUGGACAAACUGCAUACUUGUAAAGACCUCCCACAUAAUCAGUCAGAGAAGGUACUCUUGUCAUGGUCUGUCUGUGUAAACAAAACUGAAGACAGUGUGUGAAUAAAUAGUGGCUACACAACAUAAUUUCACUCAUAAAAUGAACAGCAAUUUUGUACUUUAAUAUUUUUUCUUGUGUGGAAAUGUAUGGAAGCGGAUUCAUGCCAAAAGAUAUGACACUACAUCUAUAAAGGAAAUAGUGAAAUUGUUUUGUAAUUUUAAACGUAACCUUUAUUUUACUAGGCAAGUCAGUAAAAAAAAAAAUCUUAUUUACAAUGACGGCCUACCUCACUCAAACCCGGACGAUGCUGGGCCAAUUGUGUCCCCAUGGGACUCCCAUUCACGGCCGGAUGUGAUACAGCCUGGAUUCGAACCAGGGUGUGUGUAGUGACGCCUCAAGCACUGAGGUGCAGUGCCUUAGACCGCUGUGCAACUCAAUAACGACAAACCAAUCCAAUCUAAUAGGUACUUUAUUGUUUACAUUCAUACAAUAAGAAAAUGCUUCAAAGAUAAUAUGAUAAGAGCAGUUCAGCAAUUCUUGUUUUGUAUCUUCUUCUAUAGGGUGAUGGAACAAAAAGCUAGAGCCUUGUCCUAAGAGCUAACGAGGAUGUGAUGCCUGCAUACUAGUAACGCUUCCAGCUAAUUUUACUGCAGGCAACAAUGCAAUUGAAUUAAAUGGAAUCCUCAUUCAAUACAAUAUGAUGGGAACUUAACUAUUGGGCAUAACAUCCUUUCGUCAAUAUGCUAAGCUAACCUCAAUACAAAUCUAUUACUAUAAAGUGUGCGUUCGUUGAACUGACAAAAAUAAUCUCUAAACAAAUGUUUUCUCUGCAAUUACAAGUUGCUCUUUUCUGAGGUAGUCAAAGGACGCGUUCCAGGCUGACUACAUUUCAGACAGUUGCAUUGCAUCAACCAAUGGUUGCAUGCUACUUAAUUGACUGCGCAGUCAGGCCUCAGAUUGAUAUAUCAUAUGAUGUGGUUAGGUGAUAUGUUAAAACACCUGAAGGUGUUGAGAUUUGGCAGGCGUCUGCAAUGUAGUCUGUCUAAAACGCUGCCAACAAAUAUACAAUCAUCAUGGGCGUGGAGGAACUGAUCUCUACAUAUCAGGAAAGGAUACAAUACAUAAGUACUGGUAAAAGAGACAAUGUUCAAGGAGGAGAGAUGUUAUUCUGUACUGAUUGUUCAUUUUUAUGUAACAGUUACCUCCACGCAAAGAAAGAAACGGGUACUGUAAUAGGAUAAGGUAGAGGUAGAGAGUUUAUGGGUCAAUCAAUGUCACUGUCUGUUGUAUCUAAACAAAACAAGCAAUUUGAUGAAGAAAAUCUACAUUUUCACUUUAGAUCUAAUGGCACAAGUUAGAGCCAAAGUAACUAGGAAAGAGAUUAAAAUGAUAUACCCUAACCCCAAAGGACAGAGUUCUGUAUUCAUCUCUUCAUCUAGGAGAGCAUGUUGUUGAGGUAAAAGGAACAAACAUUUCAUAAGACAUCAAUUCUAUCCUUUCAUAAUGUCUUAAGUGCUUAAAGCCAGUCAAUAGAGUAGACACCCAAGAGGCACAACAGUAGCAUUUUUUUAAGACGUCGGUGCAACAUUUCACUGAAUAAAGGAUAAAGUCAAUGAUAUGCAGUAAUAUGAAACCCAUUUCAGUAACACUCUCUAAAGCAGUGUUUGACAAACCUCUCCUCAAGUACCCCCUGCCAUUCCACUUACUUGGUAUAUUCCAGAACAAGCACAGUUGAUUGAACUGGUCAACUAAUAAUCAAGCUCUUGAUUACUUGAAUCAGGAUUGCUAAUACUGUCUGGAACAGACCAAAUAAUUGGAAUGGGGGUCCUGGAUAGAGGUUUGGGAAACUGCUUUAAAGGGAUUUUAAAAUCAAACAUCUCUAGUUUUUGUAUAAAUAAGCAGAACAUGAUAACACAAGUACACUUUUACGUAAGCUGCUGUUAAAUAUCUAACAUGACCAUUGUCAUACAAGUGACUAACAUUAUUGGAAAACAAGAUGAGUGGCAGGUGUCAUGCAGCACUUAUGUCCACAUUGUAUAGACCUUAUGCGGUCUUUUCUGAACAAAGUGCAACCAUUUGGCCUAUUUCUAACAGGUUUCAAUAAAACAACAUUUUGGUUGCUAAAACACA